UCGCGGUGGUUCAGCGCGCUCAGAAUUACCGAUUGCGAUUUAGUAGCGGGACACAUUGCGACGAGACUAGACCUGGAGACCCCCACCUGGACUAAAUCGGGUCGCCUUCGGUCACCGUUCUAGCUUGAAAUCGUCCAAAUUUAAGUCUGCGCGAAGUGAAAACGAAACUUUUAACGACAUUCUUAUGAGUCAGUUUGUGCCCGAAUUGGACACCAGACAAUGAAUUAGUAUUCGUAGUGGCAGUUGUGACCACUAUUUUCGGUGCAAUUAAAAUGGUGAAAGUGCUGUGAUUAAGUGGAAAAAAAUCCAUGUUUUAAUUUCAGUCCGGUGGUUGAACAGUACAGGUGUGAAAUUCCGAGCGUUAGUGUAACAUACUUUGUGAUACCGAGCAGUGCAAUCAACUCAAGAAGAAUGAAGUUCUUAGCUUCGAACCUGGCGAUCAGUUCAGCGCUGCUGCUUAUUCUGGGCUGCAUCCUGGUUGGAAUCAGUGCCCAUACAGCACACGAAAUCCAUACCCGACCCAGACAAGCCCCAACUGAACGAAAUCCAUUCCUCGAGUGGUUGGCAAGUUUGAUUGGUACCACUACGACCACUGCAGCCCCUCCACUAACACCAGCCACCAACUGUGCCUCCUGCAAAUGUGGUCGUACCAACAAGGCGACCCGAAUCGUGGGCGGAACGGAAACCGCAGUCAACCAGUAUCCCUGGAUGACGAUGUUACAGUACGGUGGGACGUUCUACUGCGGUGGAUCGUUGAUAUCCGAUCGGCAUGUCCUGACGGCGGCCCAUUGUGUACACGGAUUCAACGCGUCCAAGAUCAGCGUGGUGCUGCUGGAUCACGACCGCUCGAGUACGACUGAAGCGGAAACGAUUACCGGUAAGGUGUCCCGCGUGAUUAAGCACAACGGAUACAACUCGAACAACUACAACAGUGAUAUUGCCGUGUUGGUUUUGCAGAAGCCAGUUAGCUUCAACGAGAAACUAAGACCCGUGUGCUUGCCAGAUAUGAAGAAGUCUUUUACCGGAUACGAUGGACUAGUGACGGGAUGGGGCGCAACCUCGGAAAACGGUCAGGUCUCGGUGAAUCUACAGGAAGUCAUGGUACCGAUCAUGUCCAACGCUGAUUGUAAAAAGUCUGGAUAUGGAGAUAAGCGAAUCACGGAUAAUAUGCUGUGCGCAGGAUUUGCAGAGGGCAAGAAGGACUCUUGCCAAGGUGACAGUGGUGGUCCACUACAUAUUAUCAACAAGGAGAAAGCGGCGGAAAACAUUCACCAGAUUGCCGGAAUCGUAUCCUGGGGUGAAGGUUGUGCAAAACCCAAUUAUCCUGGAGUUUAUACCCGAGUAAAUCGGUACAGAACGUGGCUUAUGUCGAACACGGUGGAUGGUUGUUACUGUUCGGAGGACUGAUUAAUACACGGGGAAAAUAAAAAUGGGAUGGAA